AUGAAGUUCAUAAAAGGAAAGCGACCCCAGAAUGGUCGAGAUUGUGGAGGGCGUACCAAAACACUGCAAUCUGGUCCUCAAAAUCGUUUACGUUUAGCUACAGCCAAUAAAGCUGCAAAAAUUAAACGAUUAAAAGCUGCCCAAAGACAGUCUAGUAAUGGUACAUUAAGCAAAAGAAAAAUGUUGACAAAAAAUACAAGAGUGGCCAUAAAUAAUAUGAUGGAUGCCCGUAUUAUACUUUUACAAAAAGCUUUAGAAAAACGUACUGUAAUGGUAGAUGCUAGACAAAAACUAACAAAACAGAAAGAUGCUCGUGAAAUAAUCCAAGAACGCCGAUUACAUUCAUCCUCUUAUGAUGGUACUCAUAGUAUGGGAACUUCAAGAGGACUUUCCAAUAACUUAGGUCAUGUAAAAAUUGACCACCGUGGCAUUCUUACCGUUAAGUCUAUUUUGGAUGAAAGAUCCUCUUCACAUCAUUCAAGUGUUCGUGACCGACGGCCUACUGUAAAACAAGGACGUUUUGAUGGCGUAGUGAAAAGACGUAUUAGUAAUUCAUUCAAUUCUGAGUUGGACACAUUUAGUAGCGACAAACCAAUUGAAGAAAUAAGACCAAUGAGACGUGAUAUGAGAAUCUCAAGACGUCCAAUGUCAAAUGCUCAGUCUAUAAGACAGCCUUUUGAGCGUUCUACUAGACCUUCAAGAAUAAAUGAAAAACCAUAUGGUAGGCCUAUGGCAAUGGAUUGGGAAGAAAACAGUAGAUACUCUCCGACCCCAGUAAUGAGACGGAAUAUAGGAGGAAAUGCAAUGUUUAAUCGUGAUGGAUAUGAAGAUGAUUUAUUAGACAUAAAUUCAAGGAAUCAUAGAGGAUUGAGUGAAACAUUACGUUCAAGAUUAGAUUCUCGUCAAACAGCUAUGGCUAAGCGUUCACUUCCCUCUGGCCAUAAAAUUGUUAUUUCUAAUUUAGAACCGUCUGUUACAUCUGAAGAUAUAAUAGAACUUUUUACCGAUUUUGGUAAUUUAUUAGAGUCUAGAGUAGUUCGACCAGGUGUUUCAGAAGUGAUAUAUGAACGUUAUGCAGAUGCUAUUCAAGCAGUUUAUGUAUAUCACAACAGGCUACUUAAUGGCAGGCCUAUGAAUUGUGAUAUGGUAAGAAAUGUUGGAUCUAAUCCUGCUGGACCAAUAUCUCUGCCUAGAACAAGUUGCAGAAUGCCUUCACGUGCUAUUGAUAUGUACAAACCUUCAGCGUACGUCACUUACGAUAUAGACGCUGUACAUACUGCAUUAUUUAAUAAAUAGUUUUAUAUCCCAAUUAAAAUGUAUAACAAUUUUCUAGAUUUCAUGCAUGUUACUUUUUUUCUGGCAAA